UGCUAGAACUAAUAUUGUGUCACCACUGUUAUGUUUGGCCGCUGUAGACCAGUCUGAAGUCCAUCACUACAGGCAGAGCACAAGGAGCGUUAGCUAACCUUAUUAGCUUGCUAAUUGUUUCUUCUGAGUGCGUUAGCUAGUUGCUCUGCAUCAUUGAACGUUGACACAUUUAGCUAGCUGUCUGUUGGAGUUAACGUUACUGUAAGGUUACACCUGACUCUUUAAAUAAUAAUAUAAUAGAUAAUUUGGCAACGAAAUUGUUAAUAUAUGUAUCCAACCAAACAGGCCGUAUUGUGAUUAUUGCAGACUCAUAAAUGGGAUAAUUUGCUGAUUUAUAGUUGACUGAACUAGUCGCCCCCCCAGAAAACCUAACCUAACCUAACUGUUACUCAUGCGAAACCAACACUUCAAUGGCAUCCUGCACAACAACAAUCCCGAUCUGCUGUCCCAACAAUGACCCGUGGAAAGCCUCAAGCACCCACUGAACAAUGGCAAGGUUUAGGCGCAAAACGUGCAUCACGCUAGUUGUCUUGGUGUUGCUUGUGCUCCUAGUGACGGUAGUGUUGAAGGCGCUGACACCAGAGGACUCCGCGCUCAGCAGCCCUGUUGGUGUGGAGCUGUUCCCGGACAAAAAGAGCCACAGUCCGAUCAGUGAGGAACACAACAAUACACCUGACCGGUCCAAAACGGGCGAGUCGGACCAGUCGGACAAACUGGAGGCUGCGCUGAGGAAGUUCCCGCCUCCAAACUACUAUCUCCAUGCUUUCUACUACGUCUGGUACGGGAACCCCAAGUUUGAUGGCCAGUACAUCCACUGGAACCACCCGCAGCUGCCGCACUGGGACUUGAAGGUGGCUCAGGGCUACCCGCAAGGCAGACACAUCCCACCUGAUGACAUCGGGGCCAAUUUCUACCCCUCUCUAGGGGCCUACAGCUCCAGGGAUCCCUCCAUCAUAGAGUCUCAUAUGCAGCAGCUGCGCACAGCAGCCAUUGGUGUCCUUGGUGUUUCAUGGUAUCCUCCUAACAUGAGUGACGAUAACGGUGAGCCAAUGGAUGACAUUGUGCCUUUGCUGUUGGAAGUGGCUCAUAAGUACCACAUUAAGGUGGCGUUUCACAUUGAACCAUACAAAGACAGAGAUGAAGUCAACAUGUUCGCUAAUGUCAAGCACAUCAUUGAUAAAUACGGGGAGCACCCUGCCUUCUUCAAGUACCGGACAAACACCGGCAAGCUUCUUCCCCUCUUCUAUGUGUACGACUCGUAUCUGAUCAACUCGGAGCAGUGGGCCAAACUUCUCAAACACACAGAGAGUAACAGCAUCAGGAAUACCCCGUAUGACGCCAUCUUCAUCGCCCUGCUGGUUGAGGAGAAACAUAAGAGAGAUAUUUUGACUGCCGGUUUCGAUGGUCUGUACACCUACUUUGCCACGAAUGGGUUUUCUUAUGGGUCCACUCAGAGGAACUGGGAGUCCAUUAAAGCUUUUUGCGAAGAUAACAACUUGAUCUUCAUCCCGAGUGUGGGCCCCGGGUAUAUCGACACAAGCAUUCGACCCUGGAACUUCCAAAACACUCGCAACCGCAUCAACGGCAAAUACUACGAAACCUCGCUGAGUGCUGCAUUACAAGCCAGGCCUGAUUUCAUCUCUAUUACGUCUUUUAAUGAAUGGCACGAGGGGUCCCAGAUUGAAAUGGCAGUUCCAAAAACAGGCCAGACUGCGUAUCUGGACUACCUGCCCAAUAAACCUGCAAUCUACCUGGAGAUAACUCGCAAAUGGGCAACAAUCUUUGGUGGUGAGCGACAAAAAUGGCAGGAUUGAGCUGUAUAAAUGUUUGUUCAUGGUUGUAUAAAAUGAUUACAUGAAAACCAUAUGAAGUUCUCGCUACAAAAUGUAAAUGCUGGAACAUUUUCUGAGCCAAAUGAUUUUUAGAGCCACAGGCAACUAAAAUAUCUUCGUUCUGGCUGCAAUAAUUUAUGUGAUUUCUUUACACUUGGAUGAAUUAUUAAUUUAACUGAGGUUUUAUUAUUUGUGUUUUCACAUCCUUGAUCCUUAUUGUAAUAUAAUGAGCAUGUUUUUUUUACCCACAAAAGUAUCCAACUAAAACUGUUCAAAUCAAUGCCUGUAUUAAACCUCAAUAAAUAAAUUGCACCCUGGAGAGGAGGGAAAGUAAACAAAGCUGCUGGUAUAACGCUCACUCUUCAAAAAAAAUACAAAAAAGAAAGGCACAGCUAGAUCUGGAUAUUCGGGGGAACCUAAAAUCUGCAGCCUACCAAACAAAACGGAUCCCCAGAGACACGCAGUGUCUCUGUGAAAUAGCCUGUGUUUCAUAAUAAACGUCUGACGCCAUGGAACAUAGCCUAGUGUAUGAUGU